AUGGCGCGUCCCGUAUCUGUAAGUUAAACUAUUAUUAUGCCGUUUUUGCUGUAUGUGUUUUAAAGAGAAUAUUAUUUCAGGUCGAGGCCAUCGCAAUAUCCGGAGCGCACACUCGUCUUGUUCUCGCAUUACAAGAGAAGUGAGAAUUGAAUUUCCCAUUAUUUUUAAAACAAUUAAAAGCUUUUGAUUGACUUCUCUUAAAAUAUCAUUAACAUUCAAUUUAUAUGUCUUUAAACUAUUUAGGAGGCAUAGCGACAGCUCGAACAUAAACGACCUUGCAAGUAUCUUCUCGUCCGUGGUGGCGAUGGUCGACAGGAUCAGCCAUGCACUGAGCGACCCGGCAGGUAUAUAGAGAAAAAAAUUGUUCAAUUUUUUUGAAAAAUAUAAACGAAUAACAUUCCUGUCGAAGAGCAUUUCAGACUCUUUAUAAAGUUACUUAAAGAAAUGUGUUUAGUGAGGACCUCCCGCGACCGGAACCUGAACGUUCCCGACGUCGACGAUGUAUGAUUUUUCUUUUUAAGACUUUCGUCAUAACUCUGGGUGUUUAGACGGUACCUGUACGAGACAUUCUACGUCGUCUUAAGAAUCAGGUGCAAUGUGCGUGCAGGCUGGCGGAUUUCGCACACGCAGGUAGAUUAAAUUUAAAUAUUUCUUAAAAAUUAUUUCGGUUUGCUGAGAUGUACUUAUUGUGAUUUGUAGGUCCGGGGGCGAAUCGGCAGGAACGAGCAGCUCUGGAUUUGGUCUUGUCUGAACUGGACGAUCUCUACGCGGGUAUUUCGCCCCUCUCCUCGGCGGCCGAGUCGGAGUGA